AAGUGAAGCUAUUUCCGGCAUUCGCAGCCCCCGCUUCCUAUUAAGUUUCGUUGUUAGUUGUUCAUAGUUUAUCCCGUUGCGGAAAAGCCAAAUAAUUCGAAAUGUUUUGGGGACUCGUGUUGAAGGCUAACAAAAAGUACUCGCAGACGGUUCAGAAGGCGUUCCACCUGUCCCAGGCGGCGCUGGAUCUGUCCAAAUGUGGAGAUGCGGACGUACAGGUUAUGUUGACCUCGGAAGACAGCACCUACCUGCUGUGUACGCUGGGCAAGAAGACUCCGCAGGUCGCAUUAGAUCUGAACUUUGACGAGGGUGACCAGAUUAGUUUAAGCACCAAGGGCGAAGGUGUGGUCCACCUGACCGGGUAUUUGAUGCCGAAUGAGGAGGAUCUCUUCGGCGGUGAAGACGAUGAGGAUCUGGAGGAGGAGGAAGACGAAGAGGUGGAGGCUUCCCCUCAGAAGGGAAAAGGAAAGGAGCGCAUUGCCAAGAAGGUCGCCCAGAAGGUGAACGCCAAGGAAGUCCAGCUGGAGGAAGAUGGCGAAGAGGACGAGCUGGAUGAGACGUUCGAGUUGCCAACGGGUGCUAACAAGAAGUCAGGUGCUAAGGGUGCGGUAGAGGAAGAGGAUUCCGACGACGAUGAUGACGAUGAAGAUGACGAAGACGAUGAUGACGAUGAUGAGGACAUGGAUGAUAGCAAGUUGGACGGUGAGGAAGACAGCGACGACGAUGAUGACGAUGAGUCCGAUGAUGACGAAGAGGACGAUUCCGAGGACGAACAACCCAAGGCCAAGGUUGCUAAGGUGGAGAAGAAAGCUUCCAAGCAAAAUGGAGUUGAAAACGGCAAGGCUUCCCCGAAAGAACAGAAGAAGGAAGGUCAGCAGCAAGAAGCCAAGACACGCACCCUUCAGGGUGGACUGGUCGUGGAAGACCUCAAAGUCGGAUCCGGACAAGAAGCCAAACCGGGCAAAAAGGUUGCCGUCUUCUAUGAAGGUCGCCUGAAGAAGAACAACAAGGUGUUCGAUUCCACCAACAAGGGUCCCGGCUUCAAGUUCGCUCUGGGUCGCGGCGAGGUCAUCAAGGGCUGGGAUCUUGGAGUGUCCGGAAUGAAGGUCGGUGGCAAACGACGACUGACGGUGCCCCAUCAGUUGGCCUACGGAACCCGAGGAAGCCCCCCGGUGAUCCCACCCAACAGCACACUGGUCUUCGACGUCGAGUUGAAGAACGUCUUCUAAAUUAAGGCCACCUAGCGCUAAACUAACCUAAUUAACACGAUAAGGUACAACUACAAAUCCCUGAUGAAUACACUUAUUGAUCGAAGCUGAGAUCAACACUACUUACCACACACACACAACACACAACAGACCUUUUAACCGGCUGUCGUCCUAUAUAGCUUAGCCAUAUACAAACAAUCAUAAGGAACGAAUAGUAUGUAGGAUUAAACGGAACAUUCAAUACAAUAGGAUCUUAAAAGUAAAAGGACUAAACAGCGAUAUUCUGUACAGAUAGGCACGGUCAUUGAAUCUUACCCAGGGACUGAGUAAAUACAAUGUACUAUAUACAAUUACUCAAUGAUCAUAAAAACUGUCUAAAUCCAGUGUUUAUGAUAGUGAGAGUAAAAGAGAUAGAAAUGCAAUUUUACUCAGUCUCUGGGUAAGAUUGAACGGCCGUGUGAACCACACCCAACAACAACCAUCCGAUCCCCCCAAGAAGAGAAAAACAGUAACAACAAUAAUUGUUUGCUCUUUUUGUUGUAAAAAAGUUGCAUUUAAUGUUUUCAGUUCGGACUGUUUUCCUAUAAAAAGUUACGGUAAUUAUUGUCAAAUAUAAAAACGAAGU